UCCAUGUUUAUAAGAUCUAUGUCUUGUAUACGAUAGUUCAAUUGAAUUUUUAUCAUGAUAUUAUACCGUAGAUAACUACGUUUCCUUAUUCAACAUUAUUAAUUUAUGUUACAGUUUAAAUUUAUGAAAUGUGAGAUUGACUUUUGCAUUAAAAUUAAUAAUGUCUUUACAAAAUUUACAAGUUCACACUAUUACUCAAAGAAAAAGUCUUAAAAUAAGUGGUACAAAAACGUCAGUUACUAAAAAUCAAAUUCUCGUUUCUACUGGAAUUGUCUCCUUAGAUGCCAUAUUAGAUGGUGGUAUUCCAGUUGGAACUAGUUUUCUUGUUGAAGAAGAAGGACAUGGUCGUAAUGCAGAUUUGAUUUUGAAACAUUUUAUAUCUGAAGGAAUUACAUGCGGUCAUUUAAUUUUGAUUAGUAGCGCUGAAGUAGCUCCUGAAAAAAUUAAAAAAGAUUUACCUAGAUCAAUAAAUGAGGAAAACAUAAAACAACCUGAAAAUGAUGAUGAUUUAAAGAUUGCAUGGCGUUAUAAACAAAAUCCCAUUAUUGAUUCUACACCUAAUCAUAUUUCCUUUUCUUUUGGUCAUACCUUUGAUAUUUCUGUUAAACUUUCAGUUAAUGAAAUAGAAAAUGUUAAAUGUUGGCCUGAAAAAGAUGACCAAUUAUACAGUUAUUCUAAACUAUAUAACUACAUACAGCAUAUUAUAGAAUGUGGGUUUAGUAUUAAAAUACCUGUUGAACAAAGAAAUAUAUUAAAAAUUACUAUAAGCGAUUUAUGUUCACCAUUAUGGGAUAGUACUGAAAUGGAUGUUAUUCAGUUUUUGUACAAAUUGCGAAUUCUCUUGAGAUCAUCUUAUGCAACUUGUCUUAUUACAACUAAACUACAAAUAAUUGAUGCUAUUACUAAAUCUAGAAUGGAACAUUUAACCGAUACAGUAAUAAAAUUAAAAUCUAUGGAAUUAAGUUCUUGUGCUGAUUAUAAUGGAAAGCUAAUAAUUGAAAAAUUAGCAUCAUUUAAUACAUUUUUAUACGAACCAUCAUCUGUUGAUUGGGCAACAAAACUUACACGAAAGAAGUUAUGCAUAGAGAAAUUACAUCUUCCACCAUGCAUAGAAAACAAUGAAAACCAUGAAAAAGCUGAAAAAACACAAUUACCAUCAUGUUCAUUAGGGUCUUCUAUAAACUUUUAAUUACAUAAAUUAUUUAUGUUAAUGAAAAAAAAAGUAAAACCUUCGUUUCAUUUUAUCUGUAGAAAUAACAUAUAUAAAAGAAUAAACAAAUUAUAUAGUUGCAUAUUAUAAU